UGGUGACAGAGACCAGUGGGCACAGUAAGGAUACCUACUGGAUCUAUACACAAGGACUUCUGCACAGAAACACAGAGUGAUAGAGGGGAAAAAAGGAAAAACAGAAAAGAAAAAGAGAGUGAGCGAGCAAUGACCUUACCAAAGACAUGAAGAGUCAACCCAUGAAUGUGUCAAAGUCUUGAAGUGUAACCAGCGUGCCUAACCCCCUGGGCCAGAGCCCCAACAGAACCAAAGCAGCACAGACCAAAAGCAACCAAACUCCGCUCGAGCUGUCCCCUGGCCACACCAAAACAAAUCGAGUGAAGACCAGCAACACCAAAACAGAAAAGAGAGAAAGCGAGGAUGAAGCUGAAGACUGAGCCUGCAGAGAUGAGUGAGUGGAGAGAGGCAGACUUCGCCCUCACCUGCACCUACAUAGUGCCGGACCAGGCAACAGAACCCAACUUUGGCAUGCCCAAAGCUAUGACCUCCAUUCCCAGAAACCUCACCUUCCGACACAGCACUGACAAUGAGGUGACAGGUGUCUACAGUAAGGAGUACAUCCCCCAGGGAACCAGGUUCGGACCCCUGCAGGGAGACGUCUACACCCAGGACGACGUCCCCAAGCACACCAACAGGAAGUACUUUUGGAGGAUCUACACAGAUGGGCGGCUGCACCACUUCAUUGACGGCUAUGACGUCCACCACAGCAACUGGAUGCGUUAUGUCAACCCGGCUCGCUCGCUGGCCGAGCAGAACCUGGUGGCGUGCCAGAACGGCAGCGACGUCUUCUUCUACACCAUCCGACCCGUGGAGCCCCAGCAGGAGCUGCUAGUGUGGUACAGUCAGGAGUUUGCCCACAGACUCUGCAGCCAACAGGGAGAGCAGCGCAAGCAGAAACACAUUAGCAGUGAUGACUGCCAGCAAGAGUUCCCCAAGCAGAACUUACCUCAGCAGGCCUGGGUCUGGGAAAAGAGGGACGACGUGAAGGAGGAGAGAGAUGACGAAGGAGAGGAGAAGAUUGAUGUGGAGGUGUUGGAGAGAGACACCCCGCCCGACACUCCUGACGACCAGAUCAUGGACUUCAGCAGGAAGAUGGAGAAGGCUGAGGAGAUGGACGAACAGGCCACCAUUGUCUCCCCUCAGUCUGAUCAGAGAGAGCCUGCCCUGGGCAUGGCUCACCUCUACGGGCUGCCUGACCACCAUGCCUCCGCCGCCUCCCCACACAGAGACCUGCACCUCCACGGCCUCUACAGCCACAGGCCGCACCCUCUCUAUGCCUCCUCCAGACACCUCCAGCCCCCCUACCACCAGAUCAUGCCACCCUACAACUAUCCCCGCCUCUUCCUCCCGCAGUACUCCCAACCUUUCCCUGGCAUGAUGCCGUCUAGAGAUUCUCUUCGGUACAGCAACUACCUGGGCACCGAUGGACUUCCAUACCCCUCAAUAGGUCAGCCAGGUCUACUCCCCGUGUCCCUGCCCUACCCUCCACCCACCCAGGGAGGGCUGAAGGAGCGUCCCCCCAACAUGUCCCCUCCUCUCGGGGCUCCAGCCACCCCAGAGCUAUCCCCGCUGCCCAAACCCAGCUUCCAGCUCCAGACACCCCAGAAGUCGCCCCUCCAGUCAUCCUCAGGCUGCGAGGAGGCCAUGAACCUCAGCCUGGCCACGUCACCGAGGAGUAGCCCCUCGACUUGCAGCACGCCCGGGUACAAAUCCCUCCCCUACCCCCUGAAGAAGCAGAAUGGCAAGAUCAAGUAUGAGUGCAACAUCUGUCUCAAGACAUUCGGACAGCUCUCCAACCUCAAGGUGCAUCUCAGAGUCCACAGUGGAGAGAGGCCGUUCCAGUGCAAACUCUGUAAGAAGAAUUUCACCCAGCUGGCCCACUUGCAGAAACACCACCUGGUCCACACAGGAGAGAAGCCACAUGAAUGCCAGGUGUGUCACAAGCGUUUCAGCAGCACCAGCAACCUGAAGACCCACCUGCGUUUACACUCUGGAGAGAAGCCCUACCAGUGCAAGCUGUGUAGCACCAAGUUCACCCAGUACAUCCACCUGAAGCUCCACCGGCGUCUCCACAGCUCGGGUGAGCGCCCCUACCGCUGCCCGCUCUGUGCCCAUGCCUUCCUCCACCGCUUCUCGCUCCGCGUCCACCAGCGCAGCUGCUGCCCUGCCAACAGCAACGCCCACUCCCACGAGCACGUCCGCGAGCUGGUGGAUCGCUUUGACGCCAGCCAGGAGGCCGAUGCUCUCCCCGAAGGGGCGGGGCCUACCCAGGUCGAGGCGGCGGUCGAGAGGUGGGUUGGACGGAGCCUGGAGGGGCAAGAGGGGAAGGAGGAUCAGAAGGAGGCCUCUCUGCUGCUCAAGGCGCUGACCGCGGCCAUCAAUGCCCCCGCACCCUCCACUCCUGCCAUACCUGCCUCUCACAGCCCCUCAUCAGCCUAUCAGGAGAGGGCUAGCGUGGUGCUCCUCUACAACCGGCCAAUGGUGAAGACAGAGGGACAGUAGGUGGAUAGGAGAGAGGUUUUAGGUAAAGGAGCAGGACAUUUUAAGGUUCCUACUAUAUGACUGGGAGACCACCUUUAAAGGUGCAGAGAACUGUAAGACAAAGAGACACUUCGCCAAAAAAAGAAAACUGUCUCCCCAGUCUUGAGGAAGACUGGGGGAACAGUCUCAAAAUGCCAAUGAGAGCAUCACCAAAACAAGACCAUCCCAAAGACUGUGUAUUCAGUGAUUGCACUUCCACCCUAACUCUGCUCUUCCCUAGAGAAGAUGAGAGCCUGAGAGAGUGAGUGUGAGAGAGAGAGAGAAAGAGAGACUGUAACAAGAGAAAGCGCGAGAGAGAGAGAAAGGGUGUUUUCCAUGUAGCUGUGAAAUACUGACUUAAACUUUUUUCUAACUGUUUUCACUCAGGUUUUAAUGUGCAUUUUUUUUUACCUUAAUUUAUUUUACCUCCAGAGUUUGUUUAGAUUAUUUUUUAUCAGUAGAGUGAGUGAUUCUAUUACACGUGUUUUGUAUUCCUAGAUUUCCCACAUGUAGGGAACAAGGAACAAGGAUGUUGCUAUCCAGAAAAUCAUGUGUGUACGUCGUGGUGGGGAAUAUUUUUGGAGAGAGCAUUACCCAUCCUGAAGACAUCACAAAUAUGUGUUUCAAAGGUCGGAAUUAAUUCCUAUCUGAUGCACUGACCUACAGGGACAAAUUUCUCCCUGACAGUUUGUAUCUUUACUCAUGCUUUUUGUGUUAUUUAUUUGUCCUUGAUAAAGGAACAGAUCAGGGAUUUUGAAACUACUGUUUGUGUAUAUGAGUAUUUGCCAAAUAACAAGUGUAAAAGAAAAUUGCAACUGGACCCAAUUAUGUAGCAAACUGAUGUUGUCUUUUAUUAUGUCAUGUUAAAAGUAGUAAGAAAGUUACCCAAAACUAGUCUGUUUCUUACCAAUGUUCGGAUUAAACACUGAACUAUUGACUAUGAGUCAUCAAGCAGUUGUGGUAGAGCUUUGUAUAAUUUAGCAGCACAUACAUAUUUUCUAUAUUUCACUUGUAUUGCUUGUUAAGGAGACAGUAUACAGUGUAUUUAAAAUUGUAGGAUGUUCUUUGUUUAUUCUACCAUUUUCCUUAUGCUUUUUAUUCUUGUCAUUCAUCUUGGAUAGCUGACUCUUUCAGCCCAUUGACUAGAUUCCAAUGUUAGCUCCUAUCAACAAAGCUUUACUUUGCUCACCCUACUUUGUGGAAAUUGUAUUUUGGAACUUUAUUCAUCUUAGCCUGAACAAAAUAGGCUAGACUAAGCAUCUUCUCUUAUGUACAUUUGCAGUGCUUCUGAACAUAGUUUACGCUCAGGUGAAUGUUUGUAUUGAACCAAACCACAGAUGUACACCAAGAACUGACACUUAACUACUGUAUACAUUGUUUCAUUUUUUUAAAUUGUUAUUACGUUGUUAGCUCUGGAAAAAAAGCCGUAGCAACAGUAGCUUUACCUACAUUAUGAUGUUACUUAAAAACCAAAAUGGUGGAACAACUUUAACAUGUACCACUGUAAGUCAGUAAUGCUCCUCUUUUGUUGACCUUCAGAUGUAGUUUUUGUACAGUAUGUUUGUCAAUGUAGUUUAUUUUUGGACACAGGCUACACAGGCUAUGACCUGUGUAAAUAAUUUAUAUGUCAGAGACUAUUUUGAUGAUACUUUUAUAUUACACGUAGAACAUUAAAAAAAUAUUGUUUCUCUAUAA